UCGAAGGCAGCGGCGUCACUAUAGAAACGGACGCGGGCAGUCAGUGUAAACGAGAGGAGGAGGGUAAAUACACAUAAACCCACAGAAACCCACAGAAAAACAUGGAUGCGAUUGUACCCAGUUUUGAAAACUACGUGACUGACGAUGAAAGGGAAACCGAGGAAUUAAUUUCAAAAGAAAUCGAAGAAUAUUCUAGAUAUUCCCUAGCAAACAAGCUGAGAAUUGGCUACUUUGGAAAGGAUGAGUGCACACAGACUAAUGCCACUGAAAUACUGCAAGUAAAGGAUCUGGCUGAAGUUACAGAGACUUUAGAAAAGGAAAUAAUGUCCCUGAAGAAGGAACUAGAAUUACAAAAAACGUUUUUACGGACCGGCUAUGAGGUAAAGCUGCAGCAGCAGUCUGUGUCCCUCUCCACAAGAAUAAAUGACAGGAUGCAGGACCUAGAACGGCAACACCAAGAGAAAUGUGCAAUGCUACGAAAGUCUUACAGGCAACAGCUCCAUGAUGCAAUUGCGGUGCUGCGAGGCAGCCACAAGAAACACUACCCAGGAAACAAAAAGGAUGGAUCUGAAUUGAAGCCACAAAGAAUGCGGGAACUGAUUAAUGAGCUCCAGCAGAAAGACAUUAUAAUUGAGUGUCUAAAUGGACAGUUGCAGGAAUGCCAGGAUGGAAAAGAGGUUAAGAUUAUGCUUGAGCCAGAAGAGGACCCUGAAAAAGAAAGGCUUGGAGAGGAAAACAAGAUUUUAAAAAAGGAUGUUGACACACUGCAAGAGAAGAUUGAGAAAAUGUUCGACACACUUCAAAACCGAGAAAUGCAAAUAAGAGAUCAAGAAAAGAAUAUUCAGAAAAUGAAAGAAAAAAUUGAAAAAGACCAAAUCACAAUAAACAAGUUAACUGCUACAAAUGAAAGACUGAAAAUGGACUUAGAGGAAGAAAAAGAUACAGCCAGAAGUUUGUUACAGAAACAAAAAGAAGAUUUUGAAGAACAAAUGCAAAAGCAGCUAGACCUUUGUAUGAAAAAUAUGUUGUCUCAGCAAGAAAAACAAGCUAAAAUGGUGACUGAUUUAGAAAAGGAAAAACAAGACUUGCUUAAUUUGCAGAGGAAUGCAAAGCCAGCUAUUGUUGAUGAACAAAAGGUAGAAAUUGAUAAACCAGAGAACACGAAUGACAUUGAGCAGCAACAGAGGAAACAAAUGAAUAGCCUCAAAAAACAGUUAGAUCUAUUGAACCGUACAUGGGAAAAGAAGUUUUCCGUUCUCAAGCAAAGUUUUCAUGCAGUAAAGAAUGAGAUGUACCUAAGGCAGACAUUGGAGCGACAGGCAGCCACACUUCAUUCUGCUUCCAUUAGUUAUGUGGUUGAUAGUUCUGGUGUUAGGCAUGCUAUGAAGCCAACAGAAGAUGGUUCCAAAAUGGCGUUCCGCUACAGUGCUCCAGGAGAACCACUGCCUAACAUUGGAUCUAGACCUGUGUCCCAAAAGGCCAGAAUAACCAGACCUGAAAUCAGGAUUCCAAGUGGAAAAGCAACUGCUGAAGAAUCGCAGAUAAUAUCUGAAGAUGAGGAGGAGAUGAGAGGAGUUCUUUCUUUUCCGUCCCCAAUAUCCAGUAAAAUGCACACACAAAAAAAAGUUUAAACAUUAACGGACAAAAGUAGAAAAUGAUUGUAAAAUCUCUUGAAUGAUUGGAGAAAUAAUUAAAAACAGAAUAUUUCAGCAACAAUGACAUUUUUUUCUUUUCAUUUUUAGCAGACCAUUAAUUCAAAUGAGUCUGUAUUUUUAUUAGGCUACUGAUCUAGAUUCCAGUUCAAUGUGUUUGGUGCAAUGUAAGGCUCAUGACAUCUAGUUAACCAAUUAAGGUCCAGUUAUACAAACUCCCUGAUCCAAUUAACCUGUAUAAAUGAAUAGGGUAUUUGUGUUCAAGUGGAACCUUACCAAAAACCAUAUAUAAAAGACACAUGUAAAAGAUAAAUGACUACUUUGUUACAAUUGGUAGUAAUUGGUAGCUGCUGAUUCUGACAUUAUUGCAAGUUGGUUACAAUGCCUCAACAGUAAUCAUUAAUGGAUAUACUGUAUCAUUAUAUAACCCUAGUGUGGAUUAUAAGUAUAUUUUUCUAAAACAAAUAUAAUGUUGGUAUAACUCAGAUGUUGGUCUAAUACACUGAAACUAGUGGCAAAUAUGAGCCCUUCAUUAAAUGGCAGUUCAUAUUAAUGUCUGGGAAUAACUCUGUUGUCUUGAAAGUCAUGUUAAAGAUUGCUACACCGACUGUCACUGGGUUUGUCUUGAAAAUCCUUUAAAUAAAAAAUAAUG